AUGACCCCACUCCCAAACCUUGCCGUCGUCAUCUGCCAUGGCAGUUACCAUACCACGGACCCAUUCCUACCCUUAAUCAAGAAGCUGAAAGCAAACGGGGUUGACGCGUACUGCCCUCAACUACCCACUGCCGAUCUGGCUAAACUCAACGUUAGCGAUGCCAACCAUCCCGACUUCAACCGGGUGCCACCGGCAGGGGGCUACCCGCAAUGCGAAGAAGACACAGCAGUUGUCCUCAACGUACUCGGUCCUUUGGUUGACGAAGGGAAAAGCGUCCUCAUGGUCGGUCACUCGUCUGGCGGCUGGGUUGCUACCGAAGCGGCUCGUCCUGAGUUUCAGGAGAAGUCUCGGAAGGAGAGGGGGUUGGCUGGUGGGGUCGUCGGUAUCCUUUAUAUCGGCGCUUUCGUCAUUCCGGUUGGGGAGUCAGUGCAUAGCUUCUUCCAGCCGAAGGAUGGCACUUUUGUUACACCCCCACUCAUGACAAUUCACAAACAUGGAGGUGCUGGACUUGGGACCCUAGUUGAUGCUGAGAAGUUCAUCUUCAACAACCUCGAGGACGCCGAAGCGCAGAAGUGGGCCGCUGCGCUUACUGCGUCGCCCGUUCUUACUACCAAGCUGGCAAAUAACGCGUAUGCUAGACUGCCCUGCGCAUACCUGGUGCUAGAAGGGGACCAGACGCUACCCAGAGAGUAUCAAGAGGGGACGGUGGCGCUCCAGACCCAGAGAACAGGCGAGUUCAAGAUCUACCGCUGCUCAGCAGGUCACUCGCCUCACCUCAAUUGGACCCAGGGGGUCGUUGAGACCAUCGAGGACUUUGUCAAAGAGAUUCGGCACUGA